CCCUGUGCCCACCCUCUCCCUCUCACUGUUCUGCGACCAUUCGGACCGGCCAGCCUUCAGCAGCAGUUUCCUGAUGCCAACAGGCCAAGCCAUCGAACAGCAGCCACGACGCAGCAAACGGAUCGCAGAUCUCCAACAGCACCCUGCAAUUCGACAGCAGCCACAGACCAGCACACAAAUGGCGACCACGCCUAACAGCGGAACAUCGUCUGAGACUUCGACAUCUAGUAAUGCCGAACCCUUGUCGGCCUGUCCUGUUCAAGGGCCGAACGAGUCCAUCUCGGACUACAUUCAGAGAGUGAAGACCUAUACGGACUCACUAACCCUUGCCAAGGAAUGGCAAGAUGCUGCCAUAGCAGACAAACAGAGGCUGGCAGCAAAAGCUGCAGCCCAAGCCCAGCGACAAGCUGAGGCGGAGCAGAUGGCGACCGACAAGCUCAACGCCGACAAUUCCGAACUUCUGAUCUCUCACCAAGAUCAGUGGGCAGCUGUACUCAACGGGAUGCAUUAUGUCCCCGUAGCAGGCGCCGAGCCGACGGCAGUACAACAGGAGAGACAAAACCUGGCAGACAUUCUACUAUGCACAAUGCGCGCAGUUAUCUGGAACAGCACCAUGGGUGACCUUCAUUCCAGGUCUAAACGGCAGUUGCAGCACGAUCUUAACCAUAACGUGAAGACGCUUGCAGCAACCGUCAAGAUCGCGGACUCCCAGCUGCAACAGAUGGACACCCGCAUUGCUGCUCUGGAGGCAAGGCCUUCCCAAGCAGCGCCAGGCUGCACGACAGACAUGGCGAAACAGCUCGGGGAGCGCAUCGACCAUAUCGUCAUUAUUAUCGGCGAACUAGGUGGUUUCACUAGUCCGGCCACGAUCAGCACCACUGUGGCCGCCAUCAAAACGGACAUCACCAAACUGCAGACAAGACCGGACGCCGCUACAAAGACAUACAAGAUGCCGCACUUUAACAUCAGCAAGUUUGACAACUACAACAAGACGGACGCCUUGACAUGGUGGCAAAGCUUCUUCACCGAAGCAUCCUGCCGCACUGUACCGGCUGAAGACAUGAUGAAGGCGCUCUACCUCCAACUGAUUGGAGGAGCACAGGCAUGGAUGAACCAUCUCGCGGCCAACAAGAAGUGCACCAUCGCCGAACUCGACACGCACAUUCCGUGGAAGGAGUUCGAGCAACUGUGGUUCACUCGAUUCAUGGUCCGCAACGUUGUAAAGGCGGCCAUAAACGAGGUCUACACCAGCUCACAAGGAAGCAUGCCAACGAUCAAGUGGCAGAAGAUAGUAACCACUCCAGGUUUCGACUUGAGUUUUCCAAAUCAACGAUCCGAAUUCUUUUCGCGAUCGUGCGCAGGACUGCGGUCGGCACUCCGCAACGAGUACGACUAUGCCUCAUUCCUGGAUAUUCUGGAUCGUGCGAACCUGGUCAUCCAAACGGAUGACAAGGCUGCUAACGAACUACAGUCCCAGCCGCACUAUGUGGCUAAGUAGGGCUACCAACGACCGGCACAUUCUAAUGAAUCAGUCAAUGUCCG